GGAAAUAGAAAUAUUAUAUGGAAUGUGUCGGUGUCACACACCAUCUUGAAUACCCGGAUUCAGCCAGCGUCAUCUUAAAAAACGCUACACACCAUCAAGAUCGUUCUCUUAACCCCUUAGAUCUAAGGCUGGAAGCCUAUAAUCUGGAUAGAAAUAUCUUGUCUUGGUCUUGAGCUCUUUUGCGCAAUGCUAUCUACCUACUUAGUCGAACAAACAAGCUAUGUAAAUUUUUGGAAAAGCCGCCCCCACCGUACCCAUCUCGCAAGAGUCUAGGUAGUUUUUCUCAAUUGAAAGAAUCUUUAUACCAUUUUCGUCAUCCAUUCAGCUAUUGAGUAUACUCUUCCACCCCAUUGAGCGAGGUUCUAGCCUUAUAGCUCCGGCCGCCGGGUAUCGCCAACCUUACCACAUAUUGAAGCAUCGCACUUUGACACUAAGACCUGCUCAUUGCCUUUAACUUACCAAGGCACUGACAACAUCAUCUCAUAAGACGUACCCUCCAGUCAUCCUUGAGUUUACCCUUAUUUCACCUGUCCUAGACCUCCAAAAUGGCCGCAGACUUCGAAAAGCAAAGCUACUGGCAUUCGCGGUUCACAUCGGAAACAGCAUUCGAAUGGCUCGUGCCGUCGACGGCGUUCAUCCCGUUCAUAGAGCCGUAUCUAAACCCGCUCGUAUCAGAUCCAUAUCUAAAUCCCCCUUCCUCUUCCUCUUCCCAUUCCCCUGAACAUUCUUUAUCGAAAAGGAGGCGGAUUCUGCACCUCGGCUCGGGAACAAGUGACCUGCACAUCCGGCUGCGCGAAAAAGGGUACACCGACGUGACGAACGUAGAUUACGAGCCGUUGGCGCUCGACCGCGGCCGGGAGAUGGAAGAAUGGGCCUUCGGGGAUGUAAUCAUGAAAUACGUCGUUGCCGAUGUCACCGCCCCGUUUCGCUUACUCACGACGCAAGACUUACCUAUACACGAUGGAUUAAACGAAUAUGAGGGCGAGGGAUUCGAUAUCGUGCUAGACAAAAGCACGGCCGACGCCGUAGCUUGUGCCUGCGACGAAGCUGUCUUGGCCAUGGCGCGGUGGGUGCGGGCGGGUCUGAGGGAUCGAGAUGGCGCCGUGUGGAUCUCGCUGAGUUAUUCCGCUGUGAGGUUUGCGGUAGAGGAUCUGCCGUUCGAGGUCCGGGUCAUUGGGAAGAUAGCCACGCCGAAGGAGAGAGGGACGGAUCCGGAUGUGUUUAUUUGGUGUUAUUUACUCCGGCCGAGGGUGGGUUGAGAAUAAAUAUAGCUGGAUGUACUUAUGUGUUGAGUCCCGCGGGUUUACAUAACACCGACAUAUAUUGCAAUGCGAACUCUUUGACCUAAGGUGAACUUGACUUGAAGCCAAGAUAUCGAUACAAGGUGUUUCAACAAAUAGCUUAAUGCAAGUAGUAGUAGUACCAUAUGAAUGCGAAUAUACUUACUUGAUCAGACCUACUGUUGGAUCUGUGUUGGAUGAGUCUGGUCAUGAAUCCAUCGGCGAUGAUGUAAU